AUGGACACUAGGAUGGGCAACAUGUUCACUGAGCUGAAUUACAAGUAUGACAAUCUUGCGAUCCAUAUAAGAAAGAUCGAUGUUCAGCUUGCUCAAACAGUUGAGAGUGUCAAGAGGCAACAAGAGACGCUCCCGGGAAGAACUGAUAAAAAUCCUAGGACUGAGCAUUGUAAUGCAAUAGAGCAGCCGUUCACUGAGACUGUUCUAGGCGCAGAAGAAGACACAGAGCAGCCUGCUAGCUCUGCAGUAACUGCUCCCGACGAAUCUGUUGAGACUCCUCCAUCUCGAGUCUAUGUUCCCAGGGUUCCCUAUCCAAUUCCACCUAGACAUCUGAUGGAUCCCAUUAGUGAAGAACAUCUGAUAGGUUUUAACAAGAUGGUGAGAAAGCUUCCUAAAGAACUUGCAUUCGAAGAUGCUCUGCAGAUUCGUCAAUUGUUCAAGUUCUUUAAAAACUGUAGAGAGACUCAAGAGGAGAUCAAGGUCCUCUAUACCAAAGCACUGUCUACACCAGCACCGAAGGUAUUGUCUAAGGUUGAUGAUCCUGGAAACUUUGUUUUCCCAUGUUCUAUCGCAGGAACAACCUUCAAGGACGCUCUUUGUGACUCUGGUUCAUGUGUGAAUCUCGUCUCAAAGGCUAUUAUAGACGAUUUGGGUAUUGCUGAUGUUGAGCGUUCUCAGCUGACCCUGACCUUUGCAAACUCUUCCAGAGCAGUCCCAUAUGGAACCAUCCGCAGCCUUCAUGUUCAAGUAGGGGAAUGUGUUGUUCCUGCUGAGUUUCAAGUUGUUGAGAUGAACAAGGAUCAUGAGAUGCCUUUGAUAUUUGGAAGGACAUUCAUGGCUACUGUUGGAGCAACCAUCGAUAUGCCCAACAAGAGAGUCUGCUUCUCCAACAUCAACAAGAAAGUUUUCUACAACGCUGUACCCACCAUAUCUUCCUCAUCACACGCCUCUUGCAUCUCAGUGUUUGAUGUAGAAAAGCUGAAGGUUGUUCCAGAGAAGGAGCAUGGUGAUAAGGGUGAGAGCAGGUUGUUCUCUGAUGAAGAUCCUAGCACUGAUCCUACUAAAUUCAGAGGGAAUUCAAUGGUGAAAUAG